CAAUUUCAGCGGUUCUCGAGCCUCUCACUUGGGACUAGUCUAAAUUGUAUGCGACGUUUGACCCGCAAAGAGGCGGGAUUUGGUAGACUGGUGUCUCUACUGACCACUGAUAACACCAUAUACACAGUAGCUAGCGAAUAGCGACGUUAGAUCAAAGCCUACAACAUAUGCAGCAGUGAUGCAACCAAAACAGUAGCAUAAAGUAACCAUUUCGAAGUGUUACAUUAAACGCGACGAGUGUUUGUUAUUUAUAUGUAAACAGAUAUCGCUAAUCCAAGUGCUACUAUUUAGUAAAGCUUUUAAAACUAAUUAUAUUCGCUGUAGCCAGCCUGAUGUUCCCGUGUACUGACGAGUUCUGCCAUGUCACAAAUUCCGAUGCAGUGCAUUUUUCCUAUGGAUGAUUAGCGGUUUAUUUUGAUGUAUCUGCAUUCUAUAGAAUAUAAUUACCCGAUAUGUUUUCUUUUCAAUCCUAAAUGGCGAGAGAGGAUUCCAAGAAGUCUACUAGUAGCUCUGCUUAGAUAUAAUACUGCUCUUCAGAUACUGCGAACUACACAAUCAAUGUGCACAGACAGCGCUAUGGACUCUUCAGUAACUUCAUCCCAUGCCGCCAGACAGCAUUAGUGCUUACAAAAAAUGCGCUGCAGCGAUUGAUUACUUUCGGUGUCUCUCUGUGGAAACAUCGGUGUUCAAGAUUCUAUGAUCUCAUCAGUUUACGCUCAGCUAGAUUCGAUAGAAUCGCUAUUUAAUGAGAUUCCCUAUAUGUUUUAUCUCGGCCUGUUUUUCGUGAACGUCUUAAUCCUCUACUAUGCUUUUUUGAUGGAAUACAUAGUGCUGAAUGUUGGCAUAGUCUUCCUACCAGAGGAUAUGGACCAAGCGCUUGUGGAUUUGGGAGUCCUCUCCGACCCCGGCUCAGUUCCGUAUGACACUGAUGCUGAAUUGGACGUUUUCGAGGGAUACCUUGAUUGAGCAACAAUGAGGACGUUUCACCACAUUUCAGAACUGAAUUCUGUUGGGCAAUCGGAACGUUAUGACAUGCAUCGGCCAGUUUCAAAGGGCAGUAUGUAUGCACGGACAGACUGGUGGAGAUUUGAGAUGCCUUCCAGGUUGUCCAGGAUCAAGGUUGAUGAAUGUCCAUGAAGAGUGGUUGGACCUCCCUUUUAUAAGGUUGCCUUGGAAACAUGAGCUGAUGGGACAGAUUGGCUCAUGGAAACCCCUCAAUUCACCCCUUAAGCAUAAUCAACACAAUUCGGAUAACACUAGGGUUAUAUGUUUUCAUCUUGGAGCUAAUGAUGUUGGAGAGCAUUGUUAAUUCACAGUAGUUGUGUUGAAAUAAAAGGUUAGGUUUAGUUUUGAAUGAGGAAUGUGAUAACUUAGAUGUGAGGGUAGGACAUAAAAAAAGAAAAUGCAUUUUUUUUGUUGAGGGGCUAAAUAUCACUUUCAGCAGGGAAACUAACACUUUGAUGAAAAGCUGCUUGUCUCUAAUUUACUGUUUCAACUAUUCUAUUAUUUGCAUUUGCACUGCAGCAGUCCUCUUUUGACAGUGCUUGUUUGCAUAGGCAGCACCUAUUUUUCCUCUAUGUACAGAUUUCCUGUGAUCCUUCUUCAUUAUGAAUGCUGUUUUUCAAUCUCACCAGCAAAAUCCCUCCAACUAAGUCUGAUUUAUCGUUGAUUAAUAAUUCAUCAGUUGUUUGUUACAAGCGGCUUACAAGAUGAGAGAUAUCUCAGUUUAUGUGCAAUGAAGAGUCUCUGAUUGCAGUUUAUUGUUCAUCUGUAUCAUUUUGAUGAUGAAAAUGUACUUUGCUCCUCUUGCUGCUGCAAGUGGUACAUUUUUCAGAAACAUAUGGAGCUGUAUAAAGAACUCAUCUGAAAUCUCUGGUCUCUCCUGCUCACAUCUCAAGGAUAUCACUGCAUUGCAUCCCUAAGAUUUUAGUCCCUCCACAACAUUAAAAGGGAUUACCCCUGCAAGUGAUUUCAUAUUGUAAUAAAGCUUGGUAUUUA